AUGGCUCAGGACAACGCCGCCUUCUGCGGGGUCCCCGAGGGGGUCCCCACGGGGGUCCCAGCUGAGGCCAAACCCCCUCCCCCUCCCCCCCAAGCCCCCAAACGUCGCCCGUGGGGGGCCGGGGGGGGCGCGGUGACCCGGAAGCGCCAGCGCUACGUGGAGAAGGACGGCAAGUGCAACGUGCAGCACGGCAACGUGCGCGAGACCUACCGCUACCUGACCGACAUCUUCACCACCCUGGUGGACCUCAAGUGGCGCUUCAGCCUCCUCAUCUUCAUCCUGGCCUACGCCCUCACCUGGCUCUUCUUCGGCCUCAUCUGGUGGGUCAUCGCCUACAGCCGCGGCGACCUGGAGCACCUGGGCGACCACAGCUGGACGCCGUGCGUCAACAACCUCAACGGCUUCGUGUCCGCCUUCCUGUUCUCCAUCGAGACCGAGACCACCAUCGGCUACGGCCACCGCGUCAUCACGGACACGUGCCCCGAGGGCAUCGUGCUGCUGCUGCUGCAGGCCAUCCUGGGCUCCAUGGUCAACGCCUUCAUGGUGGGCUGCAUGUUCGUCAAGAUCUCGCAGCCCAACAAGCGCGCCGAGACCCUGGUGUUCUCCUCGCACGCCGUGGUGUCGCUGCGCGACGACCGCCUGUGCCUCAUGUUCCGCGUGGGCGACCUGCGCGACUCGCACAUCGUCGAGGCCUCCAUCCGAGCCAAGCUCAUCCAGUCCAAGCAGACGCAGGAGGGCGAGUUCAUCCCGCUGGACCAGACCGACCUGAGCGUGGGCUUCGAGACGGGCGACGAUCGGCUCUUCCUGGUGUCGCCGCUCAUCAUCAGCCACGAGAUCGACGAGCGCAGCCCCUUCUGGGACGUGUCGAGGGGGCAGCUGGAGAGGGACGACUUCGAGAUCGUCGUCAUCCUCGAGGGCAUGGUGGAGGCCACAGGGAUGACGUGCCAGGCUCGCAGCUCGUACCUGGCGGACGAGGUGCUGUGGGGUCACCGCUUCACGCCGCUGCUCAGCCUCGAGGAAGGUUUUUACGAGGUUGACUACGGGGGCUUCCACCACACCGUGCCCGUGCCCACCCCGGCCUGCAGCGCUCGCCAGCUGGCGGCCGCCGCUGCCCGCCGCGAUGCCCACCUGUACUGGUCCAUCCCCAGCCGCCUGGACGAGGCGGCGGCGGCGGGGGGCGAGGGGGACCCCGAAAUGUCCCCCCGUGAAAGCAACGGGACCUUGGCCAGCCCCGAGUCGCGGUGA